AUGUGCCAAUCCAACGGGUACUUCAUGCAAACACAGGACGCUGUCGCGUCCAAGUGGGUAGUGUUCGCCGUAAUUGGAAGGCAGAAAAUUUUCCCUUCUGAAAGGCGUCUCCAAGGCUACGGCGUAACCCUUGAAAUAUUUUUUGAGGUGGAUCAAAGGACGUCCACUACACCAUGUUAUACGAGGCCUUUGUUGUUGAGUGGUAAAACAGCUGCCGAAUCUGGAUGGCUCCCGUCGGACACGACGGACAAGGAACCUCAACAUCAACCCGCAGCACCGCAGUACAGUGGCUACACAGUAAGUUACCGGCAUUUGGCGAACGCGGAUGAGGCCGAGAGUGGAUGUAGAGAAGGGUCCCCGGCGCAGAGCGGGAAGGUGGAGUAUCUCGCGGGUGCGAUGGAACAUCGAGAAGCAUUCUCCCAGUGGAACCCGGCUUGUGAAAAUCACUUCACCGCACAAAUGUACUCCGCCGACGAGAAGAUGGAGCUAAGAGAAUCGGGAGGCAAUGCACGUCACAUACCCAUUAACUACUUGGCUGGUCUCGUGCGUCGGGGGGCAGCCAAGCAGAGGGCAUUAUCGCCGUGGAGGAUCACUGACGUCGGUUUCUUAUCGGGACUUGAUCGCCACCAGCCAAAUCAGAUGGGUGCGCCCAUAACCGCAUGGUACAGUACACUACACGUGUGGGCAUACUGCAGGAAGCUCAUUCCAGCCGCUGCUUCCUAUUAUGCCCUAGUCAUUCGUGCUUCCCCAGAUUUCCCCAUCAUGCCGCGGUCUGCUAGGCACCUUUAG